UCCUUCCCUUCACCCUCUCUUUCUCUCUGCUCAUCCCAUCAUCAUUGCUUCUCUCUCUCUCUUUCCAAUCAGAACUAAACAGACGAUGGCUGAGGCACUUGUAUCUCCGAUCUUGGAGCAGUUAACCACGAUCGUUGCUCAACAGGUACAAGAAGAGGUGAACCUAGUAGUGGGUGUGAAGAAACAUGUCGACAAGCUGAAAAGCAAUCUCCUUGCUAUCCAAUCUGUCCUUGAAGACGCAGAUAGAAAACAAGUGAAGGAUAAGGCUGUAAGAGAUUGGCUAGACAAGCUCAAAGAUGUAUGCUAUGAUAUCGAUGACGUGCUUGAUGAAUGGAGCACUGAAAUUCUUACAUGGAAAAUGGGGGAUGCUGAACAAUAUACUGACAGCCUACAGAAGAUGCGAUGUUCCUUCCAGAGAUCUCCUUGCUUUUGUUUCAAUCAAGUGGUUCGACGUCGGGACAUUGCCCUUAAUAUCAAAGAAGUUUGUCAAAAGGUGGAUGAGAUUGCCAAAGAGAGAGCAAUGUUUGGCUUUGAGUUGUACAGAGCCACUGAUGAACUCCAACGAAUAACAAGUACCUCCCUUGUUGAUGAAUCAAUCGUGAGUGGUCGAGAUGAUGAAAGGGAAGCUGUAGUAAGCAAGUUGCUGGGCGAAAGUAUUCAGGAAGCAGGGUACGUGGAGGUCAUCUCUAUAGUAGGGAUGGGCGGGAUUGGAAAAACAACUCUCGCCCAACUAGCUUUUAAUGAUGCUGAGGUUACGGCUCAUUUUAAGAAAAAGAUAUGGGUGUGUGUUUCAGAUCCAUUUGAUGAGGUUAGGAUAGCAAAAGCUAUCCUUGAGGCGCUUCAAAGGGGUGCACCGAAUUUAGUUGAAUUGGAAUCCCUUUUGCAAAGUGUUUCUGAAUCAAUUAAGGGAAAGAAGUUCCUUCUUGUCCUAGAUGAUGUCUGGACAGAAAAUCAUGGACAAUGGGAACCACUGAAACUCUCUCUCAAAAGCGGUGCACCAGGAAGCAGAAUUCUAGUGACCACUCGUAAACAUUCUGUGGCAACCAUGAUGGGAACCGACCACAUGAUCAACCUUGAGAGACUGUCUGAUGAGUUAUGCAGGUCAAUAUUCAAUCAGGUGGCAUUCCAUAAAAGAAGCAAAGAUGAGUGCGAAAGAUUGACAGAAAUCGGCGAUAAAAUUGCAAACAAGUGCAAGGGCUUGCCUCUAGCUGCCAAGGUAUUAGGAGGUCUAAUGCAGUCUAAAAGAACAAGAGAAGAGUGGGAACGUGUUUUAUCUAGCGAACUGUGGAGGCUAGAUGAGGUUGAUAGAGAUCAAGUUGAACGACGAAUAUUUAUACCUUUGCUCUUGAGUUACUACGAUUUACCUUCUGUGGUAAGACGAUGUUUCUUGUAUUGUGCCAUGUUUCCAAAAGACUACGAGAUGGACAAAGAUGAAUUGGUGAAGAUGUGGAUGGCUCAGGGUUACCUCAAGGAGACUUCAGGUGGAGAUAUGGAGCUUGUAGGAGAGCAGUACUUUCAAGUCUUAGCAGCGCGCUCUUUCUUCCAAGAUUUUGAGACGGAUGAGGAUGAAGGAAUGACAUUCAAGAUGCAUGAUAUAGUGCAUGAUUUUGCCCAAUAUAUGACAAAAAAUGAAUGUCUAACAGUGGAUGUCAAUACACUUGGAGGAGCAACAGUGGAGACUUCAAUUGAAAGGGUUCGUCAUUUAAGCAUGAUGCUGCCCAACGAGACCUCUUUUCCCGUGUCCAUUCACAAAGCAAAAGGUCUUCGCAGCCUCUUGAUCGACACUAGAGACCCUUCGCUUGGAGCUGCACUGCCUGAUUUGUUCAAGCAGUUGACAUGCAUCAGGUCAUUGAAUUUGUCAAGGUCUCAAAUCAAAGAAAUACCAAACGAGGUAGGGAAAUUGAUACAUUUGAGACACCUCAAUUUGGCAUGGUGUGUAGAGUUGGAGUCCCUGCCAGAAACCAUUUGUGAUUUAUGCAAUCUGCAAUCCCUAGACGUUACUUGGUGCCGGUCUCUCAAGGAAUUGCCCAAGGCGAUUGGAAAACUUAUCAAAUUGAGGCAUCUCUGGAUUGAUAGUUCAGGAGUGGCCUUCAUACCAAAGGGAAUAGAGAGGAUAACAUGUCUUCGAACAUUAGAUAAGUUUACUGUGUGUGGUGGUGGUGAGAAUGAAAGUAAAGCAGCUAAUCUAAGAGAAUUAAAAAACUUAAAUCACAUUGGAGGGAGUCUCAGAAUAGACAAAGUAAGAGAUAUAGAAAAUGUGAGAGACGUCGUGGAUGCACUACUCAAUAAGAAGCGCCUACUUUGCUUGGAAUGGAAUUUCAAGGGAGUGGAUUCCAUCUUGGUGAAAACAGAGUUGCCAGAGCAUGAAGGCUCUUUAAUUGAAGUUUUACGGCCUCCGUCAGACUUGGAAAAUCUAACCAUACGGGGUUACGGAGGGUUGGAUUUGCCAAAUUGGAUGAUGACAUUAACCAGAUUACGGAUGCUUUCACUUGGUCCUUGUGAAAACGUGGAGGUCUUGCCUCCGUUGGGAAGAUUGCCCAACCUUGAACGCCUGCUGUUGUUCUUCUUGAAGGUGAGAAGGCUGGAUGCUGGGUUUUUAGGUGUAGAAAAGGAUGAGAAUGAAGGAGAAAUUGCAAGGGUCACUGCUUUCCCCAAAUUAAAAAGUUUUCGGAUUAGGUAUCUCGAAGAAAUAGAAGAGUGGGAUGGAAUUGAAAGGAGAGUGGGAGAAGAAGAUGCCAACACAACUUCAAUAAUAUCCAUUAUGCCACAACUUCAAUAUUUGGGAAUUCGCAAGUGCCCAUUGUUGAGAGCACUACCGGACUAUGUUUUGGCAGCGCCUCUACAGGAAUUGGAGAUAAUGGGUUGCCCCAAUCUAACAAAUCGUUACGGGGAGGAGGAGAUGGGUGAAGAUUGGCAAAAGAUUUCUCACAUCCCAAACAUUUAUUUUCAUGAUAUAUAGGUGAGAUGGGUGAAGACUUGGAAGCUAAACCAUUCAUCUAUAAGAGAUGAUACCCAUCGAUUUUGUGGAUUAAAUCCAAAUAAAGUUAACUAAACCUAACACAAAAAAUCUUCAACAAUAAAUAUGAUUUCUGUUAGUGAAAGACAA